GUGUGUGUGUGUACAUCACUUUAACCCCAUAAUGAGUAGCCUUGAGGGGGUCCACAACCAUUUGGCAGUUCUUCAUUUCCUGAUUUGAAAAAAAAAAAAGUGCUAUCUACUCUUUCAUCUCCUCAGCAGCAACACACAAGCCUACACGUAUACACACAUACAUUUGCAUACACAAGCACACAGACACAUGCAGACACACACACAAACACCAGUUGUGGUCUCACCACAAGGACUUGUGCAAUUAAACCCUAUUUUGCCCUCAGAAGCUAACUCUGCACGUAUUUAUCGGUCAUAUAUGUGUUAACGUGUGUGUUUUUGUGUGUGUGUGUGUGUGUGUGUGUGUGUGUGUGUGUGUGUGUGCGUGCGCACGCGUGUGUAUGUUUGUGUAAGCUGUAAUUAAGUGAGAUCAAAACCCUUCGGGGGUCGGGGAAUUAGCCAUCAUUGAAGAUCAGAAGGUUUUUCACUCAAGUCUGCGACAAGGAAGAGUGAAAUCAGAGGUUUGGAGCCAGACAGACAGAUUGUGACCUGAGAUAGCAGAUGAAGAACGACGCAAACAUGUCAGAGAGGAGAGGUCGGAAGAUGCCCAGCUUUCUGACGUCGUUAUUAGUGUGUUGUAUGUUUGCCAGUGCGGAGUAUUCCAGCUGUGGAGAGUACGAGUUCUUCAAUCAGACCAGUAACAGCUGCCAGGCCUGCCCUCAGUGCCAGCCGGGACAAGAGCCACAUAUGACCUGUGGCUACGGUGUGAAGGAUGAGGACUUCGCCUGCGUGCCGUGCCCGCAGGGGAAAUACUCCAAAGGGAAGUACGAGAUCUGCAGACGGCACAAAGACUGCGACGCCCUCUACAAAGCCACCGUUCGCGUCGCGGGAACUCCGGACAGCGACGCAGAGUGCGGACCCUGUUUACCGGGGUAUUACAUGCUGGAAAACAGGCCCAGGAACCUCUACGGGAUGGUUUGCCACUCGUGCCAGAACGCACCACGAAACACCAAAGAAUGCUCAACCAGCGGGCAGAGAGAGAAACCUGUAAUUGACCCUGGCAGCACGACUGUGUUCCCUCAUCCACACAAAGAUCCCACCGGGCAAGGUCACCUAGCAACGGCCCUCAUUAUUGCCAUGUCGACCAUUUUCAUCAUGGCCAUCGCCAUCGUCCUCAUCAUCAUGUUUUACAUCCUGAAGGCCAAACCGAGCGGCCAGGCAUGCUGUUCGGGACAAGUUGUGAAGGCUGUGGAAGCUCAGGCCAACAAACAGGAAGACAAGAAAGAUGUCCCAGACAAUGUGGUGAUCUACUCAGAGAAAGAUGAGUUCGACAAAAUGAAAGCUCCACCUCAGAAGACAGUGAAAAGUGAAAAUGACGCGUCAUCAGAGAACGAGCAGCUGUUGAGCCGCAGCAUCGACAGCGACGAGGAGGCGGCGUCCGACAAGCAAGGGUCAGCCGAAACCAGCAACCCCAACCCGUGCCUCGUCAAUCUGGGAAACAAGCCUGACCUCUGCCUGCUCUCUCUGGGCCUCUUGGAUCGUGACCCAGCCUGCAACGGGACAACCACCAAUAACAUCCCGAGUCCCAACCACAUCGCCAGCACCAACCACAUCAGCAGUGCAAAUGCAAUCAACAACAACAAUAAAACCCCAGGGAUGCUUCAGAGUCGAAGGAAAAAGAUCCUGGAUCUGUACGCCAGAGCCUGCAACGUGACAGAGGGCCUGAGUCCCACUGAGCUUCCCUUUGACUGCCUGGAGAAGACCAGCCGCAUGCUGAGCUCCUCCUACAGCAGCGAGGCGGCCGUGGUGAAGACGUGGAGGCAUCUGGCCGAGAGCUUCGGGCUGAAGCGCGACGAGAUCGGCGGCAUGAGCGACGGCCUGCAGCUCUUCGAGAGAGUCAGCACGGCGGGCUACAGCAUCCCCGACCUCCUGACCCGCCUGGUACAGAUCGAGAGGCUGGAUGCCGUGGAGUCGCUCUGCUUGGACGUUCUGGGCAGCAGCGAGACGGGGGUGGCUGCCGGCCGGCAGGGCAUCAACAGCUUUCACAGCCAGCUGGUCUGUCCGACCCAGUGCUCAUCUCCAUCUCAGCGCUGCGCCAGUGUCUAAAUAUGUGGUGAAGAGACUUCAGAGACUUGGGGGUCUUCAGGACAGAUACUGCUGACAAGGACAGCUCGUAUACAGUAUAUACCUUACCCCCAUCACAUGAAGAAUGGCAGUGAACCUCCCUGUGCACAAUUCUUUGCUAUGAUGGAUUUUCUCUGUCAAGAAGCUAGUUACCUAACAGACUUUUUAUGGCCUUCAUAAUUUUCUGUCUUUCUAAAAGUGUGACAAUUUGAGAAAGAUCCUAGUUUGCUAAUUUGAAUCUGUCGUACUUUGCUCCAAAAAAAAGGAAGAGUUUCUCUCUCUCGAAUGCUAGGAAUGUUUUCAGCAAAAAAAAAAAAAAAAACAGCUAAACUGUGCGCUGGACGCAUCACAGUUAAAGUAUUUACACCCUUUUUUUCAAAAGUUUUGAUGCAAAAUGUGUUAUGCUGAUGGAAACCAGCGCCGAUUCUGUGCCUUUCUCACACCAGUAUAACAGUGGGACGACUGAGGAUGUCUUCUUUCUCGUCCUCUAACUUCUGGAUGAUCAUGCAGCUGACACGAGAUGUUCGCGUCUGCAUAAAGUAUAGUAGGAAGCGACCCGGUUUGACCGCAGCAUCAGUUAUCAUUCGUAACUUCAUCUGUGCUUUCAUCAAACAGGAAAGACGGCAGAUAGUAUGAGCUCCCUACUUAAAAUGCGAUUUCUUUUGCCCCAGCUGGAAAUGCUAAAACUUCACUCAGUCCAGCUUUCAUGUGGAAAAACAUGUGGACAUUUGGGGACAAACCGCCUCGUGAUGUCACCAGCCUAAACACGACUGCAGUCAACAUUACACAACAGUAUUGUCAUUUAUUUAAGAACUACCUAAAGACGAGCAGUAUGAAAACUGUGUUGUCCUUUAAGGUUAGCUUGAUUAUUCAAUUUGUUCAGAGUUUGUUUAUUUAGUUUGUUCAGCCAUAAAAAAAAAUCAGUCAAUGAAGAUUUUUCUUGUCUGAUUAAAUUUUCCUCCCCAAAACUACAUACUGCUCCUUUAAAACACAGACAUACAGAAAACACAUUUAAGUUUUGUUGGCUGUUUUUUUGUUUUGUUUUAACCCCAUACAAUACAUGAAUAUAGCAUCACUCCUCUGCUCAUGUUCUGCCUGAACACACAUGUAAAUCCCAACUGUAAUAUACACACACACACACACACACACACCAUUACACUCUG